AUGCACCAAACUGGUGGAUUAAGAAACGAAGAAGCGAAUGUUGCAGCUUGGGAAGCUGGUAAAGGUGCUGCAGUUGGCGGUGCAAAGUGGGGCUUGUUUGCAGCUGCAUUAGGAGGUGCUGGAUAUGCUCUUUCUCCAAUAUACAAAGGAUUGACGAUUCAAUUCAAAGUAUUUAUCCAGAUGGGCUUUAUGGUUAUGGGAGGUUCUCUUGAAGCGGAUCGACGCAUCAGAGAAUAUGAAGCAAAAGUGCGAAUGGAGAAACGUAUGAUCAGGGAUCGAGCAGUGUGGAACCAGUUUGAAGAAGAAUAUGAGCAAUCCGCUUCAAAGCAAGAUAAAUCAAGGUAA